ACGAAUAUGAGUGCGCAGCACCCAGUGGCAUACAUGGAGAAAUUAAGCCACCCCAACCAUCAUCAUGACAAGCUACCACAUCUCAACAUCAUUCUGGACAAUUGCCCCACGCACACCAAAAUUUACAGCAACAUACCCAACAUGCACAGAAAUAUACACAACACAAUACACAACAACAUGCACAACACCAGCCACAACACCAACAAGAUACACAGUAACAUGCACAACACCACACACAACAUGCACAACACCACAUACAACAUGUACAACACCAUACACAACAACAUGCACAACAGUACAACAACCUGCACAACACAAUACACAACAUUUUUUACAGUAUAAGCAAAACCUGGCAUCUGUUGACAUAACAUUAUCACACCAUUUUCAACAUGGGCAACAGCAUAGCUUUCCUCAAAUCCAUCCCCCAAUACCAGGCAUACAUUCAAAUCAUUACGACGUGAUACUUAUUAAAGGAAAUGUUACAACUUGUGUCAGUUGUAAAAUGAAACUGAAAACUCAACAGUACCCUGGCAACGCUUUCACUGUGCGACACUUAGAAAACCAUUGGUACAAAUUGGCGAGUACGAAUGGCUUGGUGUGGGCCUUGUCAUCAGAGGCAAACGGGCAUUAUUGCCUUAAAGUAGAAUGCCUUCGUCAACGCAAUCCUCAUUUCCAAUCAUAAUCUUUAUCUUUCUCUCAGGAAAUCAGUUUGCUUGAUCAGAAUGAUGUCAUUAAUGCGCUAAAACAAUAGAUAUCAUUCACUUUU